AUUCCCCAGCUCGGCGCUCGCCCAGUACUGGCUAGUGGCUACUGCGCGCGCAUUAUCUUCUCCUCCGCCGGCGUCCUCCAUCACUUUCUGUCUCCCGCCAUGGCGACUGGGAACCGCACCUCGGGUUGGAUCUCCACCUCCAGAAGAAAACGGCAUCAUAUCGAGGUAAACCCUCCUCCCACCAUGAUCACUGACCUCGAAGACGAUCUCCUCGUAGAAAUUCUGAUUCGCCUCCCGAACCCAAGGCACUCUUGUCGGAGUAAACUCGUCUGCAAGCGGUGGAGCUCUCUGAUCUCCGACCCCUGCUUCAAUCGCCGUUUCGUUUCACACCAUCAGGGCAGGAACGGUACGCCUCUCUUUCUUCCCUCGCACGACCCAAAAUCGGUCAUCCGAAGCUUUCUCCCCGUGCCUCCCGAUGAAGUCCCGGAGAAUUUUGGAAUUUUGGAUUCCUUCAAGGACUUGGUAUUGUGCGGGUUUAAGGAUUCAGAUACCAGCGAUUGCUGGCUUGGCAGAUCCUACAUGGUCUGCAAUCCGUUUACAAAGCAAUGGAUUGCCAUUCCUUUGGCGCCUGGAAAGAAACAAGCUAAUACGGGUAGCGGUAUAAUUGCUUCAAGUAGUUUUAAUCUAGAUCUGGGAGACGGCAAGACAUUUGUUUAUUCUUCUGAAUUUCGAUUCCGGGUGGUGUCUAUAUGGGUGUUUGGGGCAUCUAUGAGAGUGGAUGUGUUCUGUUCAGAGUCCGGAGAAUGGACUAAGGAUGCUUUUGUUGUUCAAGGCGUUGUUUUUAUGGUUCAACAUUCAUCUUUGUGCAACGGGGAGUUGUUUUAUGCAUAUUAUCCCCGGGACCGGACUCGUGUGCUUGGUGCCCUUAAUCCUUUCUUCCUUGACAGACCUCCCAGGACUUAUACAGAUGUUUCUGCAAUGUUAGCAGAAACGUGGGAAGUUAUGGUCUCACAAGGUGCUUUGCAUGUUGCUGAACUUAAACCUCCUGAAACACCUGCUGCUCGUGUCCGUUCUGCGGUCGUUUGGAGAUUGGAAGAAGAUCGAAGGUCCUGGAGGAAACAAUGUGAAGGGUUGGUGAAGAUAUCAUCAAGCAUGGGUGACUACUAUCAACUUAAAAUGUUCAUGAUAUGUGCUUUGCAUCCAGAAAAGCCGGAAAUUGUCUUCUUACGAUAUUGCGAUUCUCACGUGGAGAGUAUCUUCACCUGUGAUUUGAGAAGUGGGGGGGAGUUGGAGUUUGUAGAUAAACUCAACCCGCAUCUACACGAUUGGAUGGUGUUCCAGCCUAUGGUCUCUGGCUGGCCUACCCCAAUUCCAAGGUACAAGAAAUUUCGAGGUUCAGAUGAUGGAAGCCAUAGUUCUGGGGUUCAGUCAGACAGCAGCACAUCAAUGUGA